AUGAACCAGGAUUAUGCAGACGUCGUUCAUCAAGCUGUCAUGAAUCUCAACAUCUUGAUUCAAUCAACUACCAAACCUGAUUUGAUCUACAAAAAAGUAGGCGACUCAGUUGCCCUGUCGCCAGGUCAGAGUUUUAAUAUCAUCAGUAGCGUAACGUGGAAGCACAAAACGGACCCCGCCCUGCAGUGGUUCGGCGGGAACAUUGCUUGUUACAGAGAUUUUAAAGGUCGCUGUGACUUGGACUUAGAAAGUGGAAGUUUGAUCAUCAACAAUCUGACGCUAGAUGACAGCGGCAGCUACACAUUUGACAUCAACAACAAAGUUCUUGACAAAAAGGAACUACGGGUUAUGAAACCGGUUCCAAAACCCACAAUAUCCGUAAACUGCAACAACGAGAAGACCGUCUGUAAUCUCACCUGUGACGCCAACAUCUCCUCUGAGUUUGGACCCGUCACAUAUAAAUGGGAGACAGGAGACAAAGAGUUGUCCAACGACAAGGAGCUGAGCUUAACAACGGACAAUAAGGAGAUCUCCUUCUCCUGUAUGUUGGGAAACCCCAUUAGCAGCAACUUCAGUGAAGACGUAUCAAACCCUGUGAGUGGGGGUGAGUUAAAACACACAUCCAUACCAUCAACAGUGUUUCUCCCUCGCUCCAUAUACGUGUAA